AUGCCAGGACCAAGUCCUUCCCUUCCCGCGUACGACCGAGAGGCAGCUGCUCCCGGUGCCAACGCGUCCACACGGCGCUGGCGACCCUCUUCCCCUGACCCGCAGCCGCUCACCCGCUCCGCCCGCCGGGUCUCCCAGAAGCGGUCACGGGGUGGCCUGCGCGCCCCUUCCCGCACCAGACCUGGAGGCGGGCGGCGGGACUUCAUGCAGGCCUCAGUCUCCCAAUCUGUAGCUGGUGGACGGAGUCCACUCCACGACUCUGCCGCGUUUGCUCCCCCGGGCUGGGAGCCCCUGGAACCUAAGCACGGCUGCCUGCAGGCGCUUCCUGGUGUUUUCCCAGUCGGUCCUCAAAGAACCCCCACGGCAACCCCAGUGCAGAGCUGGAGAAAGCGAGGUUCAGAAGUUCCUACAUUGCACCUCCCAGCCCGGCCACCUCCCUGGGUGCGUGACCAGAUCUCCACUCCCGGGGAAAGGCCCGGCGUUCCCGAGACCCGGACUCAGGAGUUGGCUUUCCCGAGCGCCGGUGUCUUCGCUGGGACCACGAUAGAGCCCGGUGCCCUGGUGCAGAAGCUGGACGAGGACGUGAGGAGCAGGGCCUCCACCAGGAGAGAAAUUGAAGCCAUCAAGCUGGCGGAGCAGAAGCGCAAGGCGGAGCGGAGGCGGCGGGCCACGGUGGUGGUGGGGGACCUGCAGCCCCUGAGGGACGCCCUCCCCGAGCUGCUGGAGCUGGAGGCCGGCAGUCGGCGUCUCCCUGCCAGACGCAGGGCUGCCAGCAGGCCUCGGCCAGCCGAGUUGAGCCGGAUGAACGCAGCACAGAGGCUGCAGCUCCUAGAGGAAGAAAGGACGCGGUUUCAGGAGCUGCUGGCCAGUCCGGCCUACAGAGCCAGCCCCCUGCUGGCCAUCGGGCGGCAGCUGGCCCAGCAGAUGCAGCUGGACGGCAGCCAGCCCUGACCCAGCCCUGGGGCGUGCGUGAGCUCCGAGGACGCACAGAGGGCCGAUUGCACCACCCGCCCUGCGCCACCAGGCCCCUCGUGACAGUGGCUGUGGUCCUCGGCGCAGCUGGGCCCCGUGAGUGGGGGAGGGGAGCAGUUUGCACAGCAGCAUUGUGACAGCCUGUUUUGCAAUGAAACAAGCGCUGGGAAAACGGCAGGAUGUGUGUGGGGCUGGAAGCGGGCCGCCCAGGCGUCGGUGCGGCCCCGUGGCCUGCCUCCUUCACGCUUUUCUGUUUUGUCUGUUUGUCGACAGCGACUGCACAUUUAUUAUAUAUUAUUUUAAGAGAGAAUCUUGGCUUCCUGGUCCUCCAGGGACUCCAGGGCGUGGCUGGACCACCUCCUGGUGACGCCCUCUGUCAGGGCCCCUGCCUUCCCCCCGCACCCCAGGACCUUCUCUGUGGCCACGUGGCGGCCGUGCCAGAGCGGAGGACGGGGAUGUGAGGUGUGAGCCGGCUCUGCUGUCCCUGCUGGUGAACCUCGGGCCCCGCCCCGGAGUGUGGCUGGAGAAGCCACAGAUGUGUGGGGACCGCACCCCAGAAGAGCCCUGCUGCCCAGACGGGCACGGGCCGGGGCUGAGAGCAGGAGUGCAGGUUGGAGGGCUUUGCUGGGAGCUUCUGGCUCACCCCGCGCAGGCUGCCCUGUCUGAGUGGAGGGACCUCCGCGUUUGUAUAUCUGUUUUUUAAUCUUUGUAGAAUGAACUUGGAUUACUUGGUAAUAAAUUUAAGUGACGGUGAAA